UGGGAAAACUUUGGAUAUGUGUUGCGAAGGAUCAGUGUUAAGGAUGUGCCUGGGCCUUCGAUGUAUCCUUAUCAGUGUCCCCUCAUCUGUGGGACAGGCCACCGAUCUCCGCCUGCCCAGUCUCUGACUCACCCCACUAGUGGCCAGAUAACUGGAAUUCACCACCCCCCAAGCUCGUCUCCUUCCGCUAGUGAUUGUUGGGAAUUCCCUCCCUGAGACACGCCUAAGGCUCACAGAAGAUUGCUGGAGGGUACCUUAGACCUAAGACUGCCCUGGAAGGGGCACACAGAGUUCUUGAUACCAGGCUCGGUGGGAGGCACCUCUCCCAGGUCCUGCUUCUCUUCGCCAUGGCUCCAAAACGAAAGUCUUCAGUGCAGCCCGAGGGACCCAAGAAGAAAGGGCGAAAGGAGGCAGGCGAGGACAGCUUCCGCUCCACUGCUGAGGCGCUCAGGGCCAUACCUGCAGAGAAGCGCAUAAUCCGUGUGGACCCCACAUGUCCACUCAGCCACAAUCCCGGGACCCAGGUACACAAGGACUAUGACUGCACCCUGAACCAGACCGACAUUGGGAACAACAACAACAAAUUCUACAUCAUCCAACUGCUGGAAGGGGGUAGCCAUUUUGUCUGCUGGAACCGCUGGGGCCGGGUGGGAGAAGUAGGCCAGUCAAAGAUGAGCCACUUCACCUGCCUGGAAGAUGCAAAGAAGGACUUUGAGAAGAAAUUUCGGGACAAGACCAAGAACAACUGGGCAGAAAGGGACCAUUUUGUGAUCCACCCUGGCAAGUACACACUCAUCGAAGUGCAAGGAGAGGCCGAGGCCCAGGAAUCUGUGGUGAAGGUGGAUGGAGGCCCAGUGAAGACUGUGACUAAGCCCUGCUCCCUGGACCCUGCCACCCAGAAACUUAUCACCAACAUCUUCAGCAAGGAUAUGUUCAAGAAUGCCAUGGCCCUUAUGAACCUAGAUAUAAAGAAGAUGCCCCUGGGAAAAUUGAGCAAGCAGCAGAUCGCACGGGGCUUCGAGGCCUUGGAGGCCCUGGAGAUGGCCCUGAAAGCCCCCACAGACGGUGGCCAAAGCCUGGAGGAGCUGUCCUCUCACUUCUACACUGUCAUCCCACACAAUUUUGGGCGCAGCCGGCCCCUGCCCAUCAACUCCCAAGAGCUUCUGCAGGCCAAGAAGGACAUGCUACUGGUACUGGCAGACAUCGAGCUGGCCCAGACCCUGCAGGCAGCCUCUGGGGAGGAGGAGAGAGUGGAGGAGGUGCCACACCCACUGGACCGAGACUACCAGCUUCUCAAGUGCCGGCUUCAGCUGCUGGACCCUGGGAAGCCAGAGUACAAGGUGAUACAGACUUACUUAGAACAGACCUCCGGCAACUACAAAUGCCCCACGCUGCAGCAUAUUUGGAAAGUGAACCGAGAAGGAGAGGGAGACAGAUUUCAGGCGCACUCCAAGCUGGGUAAUCGGAGGCUACUGUGGCACGGCACCAACGUGGCUGUGGUGGCUGCCAUUCUCACCAGCGGGCUCCGUAUCAUGCCACACUCUGGUGGCCGUGUUGGCAAGGGAAUCUACUUUGCUUCGGAGAACAGCAAAUCAGCUUCCUAUGUUACUUACAUGCGCUGUGGGGCCCACCAUGUGGGCUAUAUGUUCCUGGGCGAGGUAGUCCUGGGUAAAGAGCACCACAUCACCACCGAUGAGCCCAGCUUGAAGUGUCCACCCCCUGGCUUCAACAGUGUCAUCGCCCGAGGCAAGACAGAGCCUGAUCCAACUCAGGACAUUGAGCUGCAGCUGGAUGGCCAGCAAGUAGUGGUGCCCCAGGGCCGGCCCAUACCAUGCCCAGAGUUCAGCAGCUCCAGGUUCUACCAGAGCGAGUACCUCAUCUACCAGGAGAGCCAGUGCUGCCUGCGCUACCUUCUGGAAAUUCAUCUCUGAGCUGCCUGCGCUGUCCCACGUCCUGCCAACGGCUGGACCCUGAACUGUAAUCUUCCUCCCUG